AUGCCUCCUCGCACCACGACACCCGCCACGCCCGCGCCCCCCGCGCCCCUCCGCCCUCCCCCGCGCGACGUCGCCAUCCUUGCCGAAUCCGACCCGCAAUGGGCCGCCAAUCUCCACACCCUCCGCCAGCAUUGGAAGUGGGCCAACUUCUCCCAGUUCUUCUACACCUUCGCCCCGCUCCUCGCCAUGCCCGAUGUCUUCCUACCGGAUGUCGAGGACGACCUCGCCCGCGGCACCAACAUAUAUCUCCCCCGCAUCAUGCAGAGACUCCUCUAUACCCUCUCCCAGGACCGCAAGAUCAACAUUGACAACUGGCAGACCGCCCUCCGCAGACAGUACCUCCGUCGUGCCCCCGAGCUCAACCCCAUAGGCCCUGAGCCCAAAGUACCCUCUCGCGAGUCGUCCAUCGCUCCUUCGGAGGAUGAGGACGAAGACGUCAAGGACGACGCCCCCACCGAAUCGAAACCACAACAAGCCGCAGAAGCCUCUGCUGGCGAUGUGAAGGCCGACAGUGAACCCGCCGAGAGCUCCCAGAUAAAGCUCAACGGCGAGUCUUCCACCGAUCCUAAAUUGGAGCAAGAAGAGGACAGCAAAGUGCCCGCCCAAAGCGAACCCGAAGAACGCCCAAAGUCAGAGGAGCAGGAAGAGAGCAGAGACUGGCUUGACCUCCCUAUGCUCACAAAGCUGGAUUCGCUCCAUCUCCUGACAGACUGGCAGUUCCAGAACCCGUACAAGGUCAGACAGAUGAUGAAGGAUGAUGACGACCUGGCCAACUGGCGAAUAGAGCCUAUUGGGUACGACGCGAAGACCAACGCGUACUGGCUCAUCGGACCGGACAGGCUGUGGAUCCAGCGCGCCCCUCCUAAGCCUCCCCGGAGUCGCAACCUGAAGCGCAAAAGACCGGCCGCAACCGUCAAGAAAGCCGCUACGAAGGCUUCCACUAGUAAAGCCGCUGAAUCCUCUUCAGACGAUGAGGACGAGCCCCCCGCCCGCUCCAAGCGGACCCGCACACAGACCAAACCCCAGCCAUCUGCAAAGUCACAAGCCAACGGGCGUGCGACUCGCGCAACCCGCCGCACUCGAGCCUCUUCCCCCGCCGCCGCAGAGCUCAGCUCUCCUGGCAAGAGCACGCGCGCCGCCAAAGUCCAGGCCAACAAGAAGCUCGACAUGCAGGCAAAGGAGCUCGCCGAGUUCCAGCGCCAGACCGCCCGGCUCGCCUCUGUGAAGGCUAAGGCUAACACCAGUCCUCGCACGUCCCGCAGGAACCCUUCGAGCCCCGCGAAGCGUGCCCUUGGAACACGAGUCAGCACACGCUUACGGCGUUCAACGCGCGGAGCAACGGAGGAGGAUGAAGACGAGGAUGAGGAGUGGCAGCAGGUGCCCGAUGAGUGGUUGGAGAACGAGUCUCCCUCUCGGCGGACCAGUACUCGUACUCGCGCGAAAGGGAAGGCGAGAGCUCCGGUGGCCACAGAGGAUGAAGAGCAGGAUGAGCAAGAGGAUGCAGCCGGAGAUGACGAUGCCGACGCUGAUGCCGCCGGCGAUGCAGACAUGGCCAAGGUGGAUGGUGCAGCGGCUGCGGACGGAGAGGGUGAUGCAGAGCCAGAGGGUGGUGCAGACGGCGAUGCGGAGGGGCCUGCGCACAAAACAGGUCUCGAGAGCGACACCGUGAGCGAAUUGACGGAUCUUUCGGAGGAUCAUGACGACACGCCAAUGGCCGAUCCCGAUGACCCUGAAGAGCCCCCCGCGAAGAAGCGCAGCACCCGGGGCACCCGGGGCCGCAAGAGCUUUGGCGGCAGGAAGUCCGUGAGGCAAAAUCGGAAAGCGCGGUCGCGCGCUGAGAAGCCUGCGCCCAAGGAAGAGGCUCAGCCGGAACCCGAAGAGAUCCACGAGGAUGAGCCCUCUGCGCCUCCUCUGCCGGCCGAUUUUGUCGAGUGGGAAGCCAUCGCGGUGACGUUGCCAGAAUGGGAGCACGUUGCCGACCCGUUCGCGAACGCCACGCACUACCUCGAGAAGGCGCUUUACAAGGUGCUCACUCAAAACGUCGUGCCCUAUGUCACGGCCGAGCUCAGGGAGCAAGAGAAGAGGCGGCGCAUAGAAGAAGCAGUCGUCCACCGCAAACGCUCGUCCCGCAUUGCUGUCAAAGAGAGCGAGAAAGAGGAGCAGCGGAUGGCCGCGAAGAAGCGUGCAGAGGAGGAAGAGAAGAUGGCGCGUGCCAAGCGGCAGGAGACACGGCUGAAGAAGGAAGAGGCCGAGCGUGCUAAGCGCGAACGCGCACGCGACCAGCGUCGCAAGGAACGUGAUGACCGUGAAGCUCGGAUGAAAGCGAAGGCUGAGCGCGCUGAACGCGCGGAGAGCAGAGAUGUCGAAACCUCCGUGGCAAGAUCAACAGCCACGCCAACGGUCAACGGCACACACGCGUCCUCUUCUCUACAGCCAAGUCGUGUCGUGACCCCGAACGGCGUUCGCUCGCCCGACUGGAUACUGGACUGUGAGGUCUGCCACAAGAAGGGUGUCAACGUGGAUGACGGGAUGGCUAUGGUAUCGUGCGGCAAAUGCAACAGAUGGCAGCACAUCCCGUGUCACGACCUCAAUGAUCAACGGUCUGGUCGGCCGCGACGAAACUGGGAAGACCAGCAGUUCUUCUGCACUCACUGUCGUCAACGCGCGAUGAACGGCGGCGCAUACGGUAGCCACCCAUCACAAGGCUACUCCUCUCAGUCCCAGGCGUCAUACGGGUGGCCGCAGUCUGGCCACGCUGCGGCCGCGCACAAGACAAUCGGCAUCGACCCCUACGUGCAGACUACCGAUCCGCGGUAUGGACAUCGUUCUCCGGUGGAGAACGGGUCCGGAUACUCCCAGCAGCAUUACAACGCGAACCAUGUGGGAGCUGCCUCCUACUCACGUUCGUCGUAUCCUAAUAAUGGGCUAUCCUUCUCGCACUAUCAGGCGGACCCGCGCGGAGGCUCAUCGCGUAGCACCCUUCCCAGCGUUGCGCCGUCUUCUUCGUGGAACAAUGGCACUGGGUACCCUCCAACUACUGACCCCUUGACUGGGCGCAUGCAGUCUACACACUUUGUUCCCCAGUUCGCCCACAACGGCGGGGUAUACGCCAGCAAUCGUAUUCCCUCUGCCUCCCUCUAUCAGAACCCGACCACUUCCUCGAUCCCGUCCUACAAUACCUCCCACGAAGCGGCUGGGACGAUGUCAGCUGCACGCUGGCCAAGUUCAUCCACGACAAACGGCUACCACUCUUCCGCGGGCAACGCUGUUCAGACGGCCGCCGAGUCCCUCGCAUAUAUGCAUGACGCUGGUGCUCGCUACGGAGGAGGCGCCUCAGCCUGGCCCCAGCAAUCGUAUGGGCACGGCCAGCAGCAGAUGCUCCCUUCGUCCAGCCAUUCCGGCCACUCCAGCCGCGCCUCCUACCCCCAAGGACAGCUCAGCCCCGACCCUCUCGCGUACCCGCCACCGCGCGCCGAGCAGCACGUCGGGUCCUCAUUGCCCAACGGCGGUGGCUCCUUCAACUUCCCAUCAUAAUGGCUCACCGAAGGACCUGUCCCAUUCCUCCUGUUCAAUUUCAUCAUCCGUCCCAGACAGUGGGUGCCGCACACUAUUGGACUGGCUCCGACACAUACCUCUCCCCUCGUACAUAGUAAUCUUUGUAAUAGUACUGGCGCGACGCUCUUGGGUAGCGGAUGGAUCCUGGUUCUGUUUUUCUUGUAGACGUAGCCGCUGUCGCCGCCGAGUGCGCUUGAGCCUGUACACCCUCCCCUGUGUUCCCC